ACAAUUUUUUUUUUUUUGUCUCAUUUUCCUUUAGGUCCGUCCUAUUUCAUUUCCAAUUUUCCUUGAGGUUUUUAGACCUCAAUAUAAUCCUUGUAAAUGCCGACCCCUUUUCUCUCGAUACUUUAAUAUUAUUUGCUUCCCAUGAUGUCUAACUGGCUAGUAGUUUCCAUGUAUAUAUAUAUUCAAUCCCUCUCCAGCCAUCUGCCAUCUAAACCUGAGAGUUCUUUCAUAUUUCUUGGUUUUCCUGCAAAUUACCUAGAACUGAUCGAACUCUGAUCUGCAACAUGAUUCAACGGGCAGCUUCCCUUCGCCGAUUGGUUAAUUAUGCAUUUCUACCACAGCUUGGAGCUAGACCCAUUGCCACUCAUGCUGCGUCUUCGUUACGCUUGGCUGGUGAUCUUUACAGUGGUGAAGAGAUUGCCGACAUUGAUUGGGACAACAUCGGAUUUGGCCCCAAACCUACCGAUUACAUGUACAUGACUAAAUUCAACCAGGAUGGGACUUUUGAACAGGGCCAACUUAGUCCUUUUGGAAACAUAGAAUUGACACCACAAGCAGGGGUGUUAAAUUAUGGGCAGGGUUUGUUUGAAGGCAUAAAGGCAUAUAGAAGAGAAACCGGAGGCAUGUUUCUUUUCCGGCCGGAACAAAACGGGAUGAGAAUGAAGAUUGGUGCUGAGAGGAUGUGUAUGCCUUCCCCUCCCGUGGAGCACUUUGUUGAAGCUGUCAGACAAACAGCCGUAGCUAACAAGCGUUGGAUUCCUCCUUAUGGAAAAGGGUCUCUAUAUGUGAGGCCGUUAUUACUAGCAACGGGACCAGUUUUAGGGGUUGCCCCGGCAUUGGAUUACACUUUCCUUGUCUAUGCAUGCCCCGUAGCAAACUAUUUCAAGGAGGGAUCUUCCUUGAAUUUAUAUGUCGAGGAUGAGUAUCAUCGUGCCACUCGUGGUGGAGCGGGUGGUGUUAAGAGUGUUACUAACUAUGCUCCAGUUUUGAAAGCCAUAACGAGAGCAAAAAAGAGAGGGUUCUCUGAGGUAUUGUAUCUUGAUUCAGUCCACGAGAGUUACAUCGAGGAGGCUUCUGCCUCUAACAUAUUCAUUGUUAAGGGCAAUGUUGUGUCAACUCCACCUGCAAACGGUACCAUCCUAGAAGGUGUGACCAGAAAAAGCAUCAUGGACAUUGCACGUGAUCUUGGAUUUGAAGUGGAAGAGCGCAUGAUACACAUAGAUGAAUUAAGAAGUGCUGAAGAAGUAUUUUGUACUGGAACUGCGGUGGGUGUUUGCAAUGUGGGAAGCAUCACAUACAAGGGCAACAGAGUUGAGUACAAGAUUGGAUCCGUCUCCCAGAAACUGUCAUCGACAUUAUCAGGGAUCCAAGCAGGCACCGUUGAAGAUAAAAAGGGAUGGGUUAUGGAGAUUGGACAAUGAAAUUGAUAGAUGUUACAUACAUUUAUAAUUAAUAAUAAUGCAAGAUUAUUUCUCUGCAUUUUCGAUAUUGAAAUAUUGUAUUCACGUGAUCCUAAUAAUAAAUAAUGCAAGAUUAUUUAUCUAUUGUAA